AUGCCAAAACGAUUCCUUAAUGUUGAAUAUGGCACUAUUUCUACUGAAAUCGAUGUGACUGACUUUGAAGACCUGAGUGGAGUUCAGGAUGCUAUCAAGUCUGAGUAUGGUCCUGCUAUGGCUGACAUUGAUGCUCCUCAACUCCAACUAUACACCAACAAUGGUUCUUGUGUUGUUAUUGGUUGUUUACCACCACCUUCAAGACAGCCUACUCAAACUGACCUUUUUGCCGCAGGUUCUACUUUAACAGCAGGAUACAAGAAAAGAAGAACAAGUGAAUGGGAGAAAGUAUCAACACUUGCUCAACUUUCAUACGACCCAAAUUUGACCAUUUUCAAACUUGAUACAAAUUACUUGGCCAAGACUGGUCUAUCUACUGAAAAACUCAUUCUUUAUUGCCGUCCAACUUUUCAUGAGCAAUUCAGUUUUUUACGGGAAAAAGUCAUUGAUAAUGGGAUUCUUGGUUGGAUUCUAGGACCACCAGGAACUGGCAAGUCGACUACUGCUCUGACAUUUGCCUCAACUCUGGACAAAAAUGACUGGGUUGUUACUUGGAUUCAUUUGUACAUAGAUUGUUAUCCAGUAUGUGUUCGUUUGGAGGGCGAUUCAAAGAAAUCCCAGGAAAUCUACGACAGCAAUAUCGACAAACUUUUUGAUAUUUUGCAUAAAGUAGAUGAAUCAAAACAACACAUUGUGUUUAUUGAUGGAUACACUUCAAAUGGACAAAAACACAUUGAUGUACAGCAAGCUUGCUAUUCAUGGCUCGAAAAAGACCGAAAAAAAAGAAGAUUGGUUGUCGUUUGUUUGAUGUCUUCACGUUACAAAGCAAAGUUGGAGGAAGAUAUGCUGUUGAAUCUCAAACAGUUCAACGUCUAUUCUUGGAAGGAAGAAGAGUAUAUUCAUGCUGUUCAAAAUGACGAAUUCUUUAACCAUGUCAAGGCUGUUUUGGAUUCUGAUUUACAGAUUGAUUCGUCUCGUGAAGACUUGGUCCGUUCUAAACUAUACUUUGCGGGUGCUUCUGCCAGAUGUAUGUUUCUUUUUGCGACCAAAGAUGUGAUCCAACAAACAUAUGGAUUAGUCACUUUUGUCAAUGAUAUUUUUCCAUACGUCAAAGGCACAAUAGGCGAUCAGUCUAAUAAUAAAGGACCAGACCUGAUUCGUAAAUUGGCCAACGCUACUCGGCAUGAUGGAAAUCCUUCUAUGAAUGGUUGGAUAUUGGAAAUGUGGUUUUUUGCCAGUCUUUAUUACGACGGAGUAAAAUUGUUUGACGAAAACGAUAACGAAUUUCAAACUUGGCCAGCAUCCAACUUCAAAACUCUGGAUAUCAAUGCUUUUCCUGCUCUACCAGAAAAUAAUGGUGUUUGGUUUAAGCCAAACAAAUGGAACCAAGGAGGAUUUGUUUCUAUUUUCUUGGAUAAAGGAAAAGGGUUGGUUAGAUUCGUUCAAGUAACUGAUGGCGACACACAUUCAUUCAAAAUCAAGUAUUUCCACAGUUUUUUGCUGAUGCUAUGCCAAUCGCCUCAAUCGUUUGAGAUUACAUGCUUGGAAAUUAUCUUUGUUGCUGACCAAAAGAAACGCUCAACUUUCAAGGUAGCCGAACCAUCGGCACCAGGCAUGUUAACAGAUUUUGGUUGGAGACUCGGCGAAGAGUUGGAUAAAGUCAAAGUUGUUUUCAUAAAGGGAUGGUGCGAUUAA